GUUUCCGUCUCCACCCGCAGUUCCUUUUCCGGUCCUCGAGGACGCCGUGCCUGUAGGAUCUUCGGCUUCAGUCCCGGUGUGGGAGGCAAGAGUAGUCAUGGCGAUGUUUGAGCAGAUGAGAGCGAACGUGGGCAAGUUGCUCAAGGGUAUCGACAGGUAUAAUCCUGAGAAUCUGGCCACCCUGGAGCGCUAUGUGGAGACACAGGCUAAGGAGAAUGCCUAUGAUCUGGAAGCCAACCUGGCUGUUCUGAAACUGUACCAGUUCAACCCAGCUUUCUUCCAGACCACUGUCACCGCCCAGAUCCUGCUGAAGGCCCUCACCAACCUGCCCCACACCGACUUCACGCUGUGCAAGUGCAUGAUCGACCAGGCGCACCAAGAAGAACGGCCCAUCCGGCAGAUUUUGUACCUGGGAGACCUGCUAGAGACCUGCCACUUCCAGGCCUUCUGGCAAGCCCUGGAUGAAAACAUGGACCUCCUGGAAGGUAUAACUGGCUUUGAAGACUCCGUCCGCAAAUGUAAGCCCCUCUCUGAGCUUGGACUCCCUGAGGGGCGGGAGUGGCCACAGGGCCGCCCUGCAGCAUCUUUGUCCCUCCUUUCUGCAGUUAUCUGCCAUGUCGUUGGCAUCACUUAUCAGCACAUCGAUCGCUGGCUGCUGGCCGAGAUGCUCGGGGAUCUGACAGAUGGCCAGCUGAAGGUGUGGAUGAGCAAGUACGGCUGGAGCGCCGACGAGUCGGGCCAGAUCUUCAUCUGUAGCCAGGAGGAGAGCAUUAAGCCCAAGAACAUCGUGGAGAAGAUCGACUUUGACAGCGUGUCCAGCAUCAUGGCCUCCUCCCAAUAACCUCGCAGGCAUUCAAUAAAGACUUGUUGACUUCUUA